CCCCCCCCCCCCGGCCCCCCCAAAAAAAAGGAAAAAAAAAAAAAAAGUGAAGCGAGGCGCAAAGCGGGGAGCCCGUCGGGGCCGGAGGAAGGGGCGAAGGGAGCCGCAUUCCUAUAGUAACCGGGAUGGCGCGGUGCAGCCCCGGCUGGUUGCUAAGAGGGUUAAACUGUAUCCAAACAGCUUUGGGGAAAUCCAGCCCCUUCUCCUGCCACAUGGAUCGACUCAUUGGGUGGGAGCGGCGGAGAGACAAGGGUCUCCAGCAAAUCAGCGCCUAAUUGAUUAAGGCGAGCUGGUUUGAAUAGAGCUGGCCAUGUGCCAAUCGCCUUUCAAAGAGCCCCUCUAUGAUUAAUCGCAAUGCAUUAUUGAUAAUCAUAAUUAUAGCAGGACACAUGCGCGGUGCGCGGAGGAUUGGGGAGGCUGGGGGGGGGGAGGCUCGAUUUCCGUAAUUUUGAGAAGAUUUUUUUUUAGUAAUUUUUUAUUCUGCCCCAGCUGAUGUUUGAGCCAGCAUGUCGCGGAGGAAGCAGGCGAAGCCUCAGCAUUUCCAAUCCGACCCCGAUCUGGCCUUGUUAUCCCAGCGAAAUGGAGACACAGAAAAGGGUCAAGCAAAUCGAACCACUAAGAACAAGGACGCCCACGUCUGUGGCAGGUGCUGUGCUGAGUUCUUUGAAUUAUCAGAUCUCCUGCAACACAAGAAGAACUGUACUAAAAAUCAAUUAGUUUUAAUUGUGAAUGAAAAUCCAGCUUCUCCUUCUGAAACCUUCCCUCCUAGUUCUCCUUCUGAUAAUCCUGAUGAACAGAUGAAUGACACAGUUAAUAACACAGAUCAAGUAGACUGCAGUGACCUUUCAGAGCAUAACAAACUUGACAAGGAAGAAUCCAUGGAUGUGGAGGCUUCCAGCAUUAACAAUAGCAGUAGCAGUUCCAAGAGUGUCAACAAUAGUAUUACAAGCAGUAACAGCUCCACAAUGGGUACCUCAGCUGUAACAACCUCUCUACCUCACAUAGGGGAUCUGACAACAUUAGGCAACUUUUCAGUGAUAAAUAGUAAUGUAAUAAUUGAAAACCUUCAGAGUACUAAAGUGGCAGUAGCACAGUUCUCACAGGAAGCGAGAUGUAACGGUGCGUCGAACAACAAGCUUGCUGUACCUGCCCUGAUGGAGCAACUGUUGGCUUUACAGCAGCAGCAGAUCCACCAGUUGCAACUGAUUGAACAAAUUCGUCACCAAAUAUUAUUGUUGGCUUCCCAAAAUACAGACAUGCCAACAUCUUCUAGCCCGUCUCAAGGUACUUUACGAACAUCUGCCAACCCCUUGUCCACAUUAAGUUCCCAUUUAUCCCAGCAGCUGGCUGCAGCAGCUGGAUUAGCACAAAGCCUUGCUAGUCAAUCUGCCAGCAUCAGUGGUGUGAAACAGCUACCCCCUAUACAGCUACCUCAGAGCAACCUUGGCAACACUAUAAUUCCAUCCAGUAGUGGCUCUUCUCCAAAUAUUAACAUACUGGCAGCAGCAGUUACAACACCGUCCUCAGAAAAAGUGGCUUCAAGUAUUGGUGGCUCACAGCUCAGCAACCCACCAGUAUCAGCAUCAUCUUCACCAGCUUUUGCAAUAAGCAGUUUAUUAAGUCCUGCAUCUAAUCCACUUCUACCUCAGCCCACCCCUAAUAACUCUGUUUUCUCCAGUCCCUUGUCCAAUAUUGGAACACCUGCAGAGGAUUUAAACUCCUUGACUGCCUUGGCACAGCAAAGAAAAAGCAAGCCACCAAAUGUAACUGCUUUCGAAGCGAAAAGUAAUUCAGAUGAGGCGUUCUUUAAGCAUAAAUGCAGGUUCUGUGCUAAAGUGUUUGGGAGUGACAGUGCCUUGCAGAUUCAUUUGCGUUCUCACACUGGUGAGAGGCCAUUUAAAUGCAACAUAUGUGGAAAUAGGUUCUCCACAAAGGGAAACUUAAAAGUCCACUUUCAGCGUCAUAAAGAAAAAUACCCUCAUAUUCAGAUGAAUCCGUACCCAGUGCCAGAGCAUUUGGACAAUAUUCCUACAAGCACGGGUAUUCCUUACGGGAUGUCUAUACCACCAGAGAAACCUGUCACGAGCUGGCUGGACAGCAAGCCAGUCCUCUCCACCUUGACGACUUCUGUGGGGCUGCCACUCCCACCAACAAUACCAAGCUUGACCCCGUUCAUCAAAACUGAGGAACCUCAGCCGAUUCCCAUUAGCCAUCCUUCUGCUAGCCCUCCCUGCUCUGUCAAGAGUGACUCGGGAACAGCUGACCCCACAUCAAAAAUCUCCAAUGGACUUUCUGAUGAGGUAGAGGCUGGUGCUUUGCCUACCUCAAAUGGCAAAACAGAAGAAAACCCUCAAAACGCAAGCUCCGUCACUAACGUGAGCAGCUCUGUGAGCUCACCGGCAGCAGACUCGGGCUCCAGCAGCGUUGCCACUUUUACAAAUCCACUGAUGCCUCUAAUGUCAGAGCAGUUUAAGGCAAAAUUUCCAUUUGGAGGACUAUUGGAUUCAACGCCAGCAUCCGAAACAUCGAAAUUACAGCAACUGGUAGAAAACAUAGAUAAAAAGGCAACUGAUCCUAAUGAGUGUAUCAUUUGCCAUCGAGUUCUCAGUUGCCAGAGCGCACUGAAAAUGCAUUAUCGCACGCAUACUGGUGAGAGGCCGUUUAAAUGUAAAAUCUGUGGUCGCGCUUUCACUACUAAAGGCAACUUAAAGACUCAUUACAGUGUCCACCGUGCCAUGCCCCCACUGAGAGUACAACAUUCAUGCCCAAUCUGCCAGAAAAAAUUCACCAAUGCCGUAGUGCUGCAGCAGCAUAUCCGAAUGCACAUGGGAGGGCAGAUCCCUAACACCCCGGUCACAGAAAACUAUCCUGAGUCAAUGGAAUCCGAUACGGGAUCUUUUGAUGAUAAGAAUUUUGAUGAUAUAGACAACUUCUCAGAUGAGAACAUGGAAGACUGUCCUGACAGCAGUGUGCCAGAUACACCUAAAUCUGCAGACGCAUCGCAAGACAGCUUGUCUUCUUCCCCUCUGCCCCUGGAAAUGUCAAGUAUUGCUGCUUUAGAAAACCAGAUGAAGAUGAUCAAUGCAGGACUUGCUGAACAACUUCAGGCAAGCUUAAAGUCAGUUGAAAAUGGGUCAGUGGAAGGGGAUGUUUUGACUAACGAUUCGUCAUCGGUCGGCGGUGAUAUGGAAAGCCAAAGUGCUGGAAGCCCUGCUGUCUCAGAGUCUACCUCUUCCAUGCAGGCCUUGUCCCCAUCCAACAGCACUAAUGAUUACCACAAGUCACCAAGUAUUGAAGAUAAACCAGUAAGAGCUUUACCCAGCGAGUUUGCCAAUGGUUUGUCUCCAACCCCUGCAAACAGUGGUGCUUUGGACUUGACAUCUAGUAACACUGAUAAAAUGAUUAAAGAAGAGUCUCUGAGUAUGCUCUUUCCUUUCAGAGAUAGAGGUAAAUUUAAAAACACCGCAUGUGACAUUUGUGGCAAAACAUUUGCUUGUCAGAGUGCCUUGGACAUUCAUUACAGAAGUCAUACCAAAGAGAGACCAUUUAUUUGCACAGUUUGCAAUCGUGGCUUUUCCACAAAGGGUAAUUUGAAGCAACACAUGUUGACACAUCAAAUGCGAGAUCUACCAUCACAACUUUUUGAGCCCAGCUCCAGUAUCGGCCCUAAUCAGAACUCUUCGGUUAUGCCUGCUAAUUCGCUGUCAUCGCUCAUAAAGACCGAGGUUAACGGCUUCAUGCACGGCUCUCCUCAGGAUAGCAAGGAGACACCCUCUGGUCUAGCUGCUGCAGGGCCGCUCUCCUCCUCUGCCACGUCCCCUGUCUUGCUGCCUGCUCUCCCCAGAAGAACCCCUAAACAGCACUACUGCAACACGUGUGGGAAAACUUUUUCUUCCUCCAGCGCUCUGCAGAUCCACGAAAGGACGCACACUGGUUCACAUGGGCACUCACAUGUGGAACAGUACUCCUGCAAGACGAGGCAGACGACUUUCUGUAGAUGGCCCCAUGACAUUUCUAGGAGGCAAUCCUAUAAAGUUCCCAGAAAUGUUUCAGAAAGAUUUGGCUGCACGGUCAGGGAAUGGAGACCCCUCCAGCUUCUGGAACCAGUACGCAGCCGCGCUCUCCAAUGGCUUGGCCAUGAAGACCAACGAGAUCUCCGUCAUCCAGAAUGGCGGCAUCCCACCGCCACCGGGGGGCCUGGGCAACGGGGGCAGCUCGCCCAUCAGCGGCUUGACGGGAAGCCUGGAAAAGCUCCCGAAUUCAGAACCCAACGCACCUCUAGCUGGUCUGGAGAAAAUGGCAAGCAAUGAAAAUGGGACAAACUUCCGUUUUACACGUUUCGUGGAAGACAACAAAGAAAUUGUAACAAAUUAGAAAAAACUAUAACAUUCCUGAAAUAGUGCAACCUAGGGUUGCUUUUUUCAAACUGCAAACUACAACAUUGCAAAGACUUUUUUUUUGUACCAUGUUCUACUUCUAGAGUUCUAAGAGAGCUUAUUUAUUAGUGAUAUAACCUUGCUUUGCAAACAAAUGCAAGCAUUAACUUUGGUCUCCUGUAUUUUGAACUAAAUACUAAUCGACUAGAGUGCUGUAAAGUUGCUGUAACAUUUAUGGCAGUUGCAAGUCUGUUCUGCUAGGUGAUCUUAUUCUGGCAUUAACUUAUUUUCUAUAUCCAGUUUAACAUGAACUCUGGUAUUGAUGCAAUGCCUCAGUGAUGCAUUAGAUCUCUAAUAAAAAUCUGUAUAUAAAUGUACACUUUGAUCCUGCUGGAAAUUUUAUCAGCACACACAUUGUUUAAUUUUUCCAAACAGAAUUAAGAAAAAGACUGAAAGAAUAUAGACUGAACAGUGUGGGUCCUUUACACAGCUCAGUUUUUGAUUUUUAUUAUAAAAUUAAAACUGCUUUAAUUUUUGUAGGUUUAACAUUUUCUGUUUUGAACUGUUAUUUGUAUUGUGCUUUUUACUUGAGUUGUCUUAAAUGUUAAUACAUUUCUGUACAGUAAUAAGCACGCAGAUUAUUAGAGAAGAUACUGAAGUGUUGUUUUGGUAGUUGAAACUGAGACGUAACAUUUUGCCUUGUAGGUAUAUUCAUUAUAGAAAAUGUGCUGGACUUUCACAAUGCUGCUAAGUAUAGCAUCUUGAACAACUUCCGUGGACAACUGUAGAUGCUCCUGUAUAUACAAUAAGACAUCACUUUCAUUAAAAUGUACAUAUGUUCCUUACAAGACCAAGCCCUACUCCUUGACCAAGGGAACAAGUAUAGUGUUUGUUUAUUUUGUAUUAGGUAUGGGGGGGGGGCAGGGGGAACCUUGGACUGUUACAUGCACUUUCUUGGAAAGUUGAAAGGAAAAAGAGGUCCAGUUUCUUUAACAUUUAAUACUUACUAACAGCAGAGAUACUGUAAUUUUACUCGAGUAAUCAAAUACAUUUUUUGCAACAGAUAAAAUUUGCUGUCUCUGUGUUUUUAAAGUGUACCUGUAUUUAGUAAUCAUUUUGAAUGUAUUAUUUAGCCUUUCCUUGGUUAACAUGAACUGUCCAGGUUGUAUGUGUGUGUUUAUAUUUGUAAGUAUGGGUAUACAUAUAUGUACUGCAUAUUAAUUGCUAGUAUAUUUUUCAUACUCCCUAAUAAUGGGAACUUUCUCCUUAACUAAUCAACUACGCCUUCUCAUAAAAUGGUAGAUAUUUGUCAUUUUUCAUUUCUUUAUUAAAAAAAAAAUGCUGCUAGCAAAGACCUUAUUGGGCCUAGGUAAGUUUCCUUUGAAGGGAAUACUUUUUAUCACAUUUAAGGCUUGAUUUGGUUCAAAUGCUUUAUAUUUGAUAUUAAUUUUAUUAUAUGAGAUUCUAUGUUUGUGGCAUGCUUACGCUGCUAUAUCUGUGUUAAGAUGUCCACUUGCAAGCCUCCAUGUAUUAUAUGGAGUUUAUAACUUGAUU